AUGGAGGGCGGCGGCGCGGUGUCUCGGAGGAAGCCGCUGCUGUUGCGAGAACCUGCGACGGGCGCUUCGCCCACGGAGGGGCCGCGACCUUGCCGGGACAAUCGCCGCGCCGCCACGCCCGGGGCUCGCCCCGGCCCGGCCCGGCCCUAUGGCCUGCUCGCUUUCUUUCUGCCCGUUGAGCAACUGAUGAUGCGAGCGCGCAGCAGCGCCGAGGCGUGGCGUCUGCCCCGGUUGCUCCCCGUGCUAAGUUUGUAUCGUUUGGCGGUUACAAGCAGUUUCCAUAAGUUUCUUCUGGCUUGUAGGCUGCACCAGAGUAUAAAAUUACCAAGUAGCGUCGUGCCUGGUGGUGACCCUAGUUCCGCUCUGUUCCAGUUGGCGGCGCUGCUGGCGGCGCUGGUUUGCGCGGCGCGCGCUGGCGUCGUGGCGCCGGCGGUGACGUACCACGCGGCGGCGCCCGUCGCGCUGGCGGCGCACCCCGGCCCCAUCACCUACGCCGCCCGCCCGGGCCCCAUAGCCUACCACGGCGCCGCCCCCAUCACGUACACCACGCACGCCGGCGCGCCCCUGGCCUACACGACGCACGCCGGCGCGCCCCUCGCCUACGCCACGCACGUCGCGGCGCCCAUAGCCUACGCCACGCACGCAGCCCCGGCACCCGUCGCCUAUGCCGCCAAGGCUCCUGUCGUUGCGGCCGGAAAGGUUGUAGCAGCUGCGGCGGAGAGCGCAGACUUCGACCCGCACCCGCAGUACAGCUUCUCGUACGACGUGCAGGACGCCAUCACCGGAGACACCAAGUCCCAGCAGGAGACCCGCGACGGUGACGUCGUUCAAGGCGUCUACUCGCUGGUGGAGCCCGACGGCUCCAGGCGCACGGUGGAGUACCAGGCUGACCCGGUGAACGGCUUCAACGCGGUCGUACACCGCGACACGGGCGCCGUCGCCGUCGCCAAGCCGGUGGUCGGCGUCGGCGUCGGCGUCGGCAAAGUGGUGGCCGCCGCCCCCGCGCUCCAGUACCUCAAGAAGUACUAGGCGUGCCGCCUACGGCGCAGCAACGCCUUCUGCGGCAGAAGACUCCGUAGGCUCCGCCAGGUGGUCCGUGGACAUCACACGCUGGGUAUCCUGCGUCCCAGCAGUCUUCAUCCCCCUGGACUGGAGCCUCCGAAGUCGUCGGGAGUUGUCACCUGUGCGCCGCUGUGAUACCAAACGUCGCAGACAGCACGUUUAACGGCUCUGGAUACGGCGAUGGAUACUGAUUUUUCUCUCGGCACAUGCUCAACUGCUCUGCUUUUAUUUAUUUUGUAAUGCGAAGCGCUCUAUGCAUGUAUCUAUCCUUUUUGUAAAUAAAUUUCAUGCUUCAAGAUUCGAA